AUGGCUAUGCGCCAGUGGAUCAGCGCUCGCCAUAUUACGAAACAGUUCAAGGAUUCAGGGUAUCCCAGUGUUCAUCCUGAGCAGGAGCAGUCUGAAAAGGAGGCUGUUAAAGCGCCUGAGCAACGUGAAAAUCGCUUCCUUCGCUUCCUGGUAGCGCUUGCUAAAGGUGUAUCAUCUGUGCUGGUGUUUCUUUGCCGUUUCCCUGGUGCUCUCGCGACGCGGGUCAAAAGGUCGAUUAACUCUUAUUCCUCAGAGCAAUCUGAAGAUUAUACGUGGACUCAGACGCACAGCUUCUUUGUGCUGAUGGGUGGUUUCAUGCUCUAUGUGGACGAGACACCCUACCACACACUACAACCUGACGAGAUCCAUGACAAGAGCAAAGGCAAUGCGAUAUCGAAAGGAUUGGUCAUGCUUCAGUUGGCCUGGUUUAUUAUGCAGCUCAUCACCCGCGCCAUAUAUCACCUCGAAACCACCCAACUCGAAGUGGGGACACUCGCUUUUGCGGUUCUCAAUUUCCUCACUUAUGCUGUGUGGUGGAACAAGCCUCUCGAUGUGCAAUGUCCGUAUCCAGUGUACUGGAAGUCGACCGAGUCAAGGCCAGAGGAUCACAUUGAUAUCUAUGAAAGUAACCAAGGCGUUCGGAAUGGGUUUGGGAUCCUUUACCCAGUCUUCCGUCCUAUUUUAGAAACUGAUGGGUUGGCUUGACAUUCCCACAUGUCGAAAGCUCCGAGUUCCAACGUUUGAUGGUAGCAUCCAACUCGAAAAUUUGGACUCGAUGGUUCUUCUACUUGCUGGAUUGCUUAUGGCAACCACAUUUGGCGGCAUCCAUUGUAUGGCUUGGUUUUUUUGCCUUCCCCACAUACCAGGAACAGAUGCUAUGGCGCAUGAGUGCCGUCGCUAUAACUUGCACACCCUGGCUUGCUUCCCUCACUGUAUAUCUCUUUUCCGUAGCCGACCUGAACCUAUCAGGUGCGGUAUACGCCGCCGGUGACCGUCACUGUGACGACCUGUGCAUUAUAUGUCGUGUUGUACGUCGUAGCACGUGCCAUCCUCUUGGUGUUUAUGUUUACCACUUUACGUGAUCUUCCUCCUGACGCAUACAAGGCGGUGUCAUGGACUAGUUUAGUGCCUCACUUAUAAUUCUUGAUUAUGGUACUCGUGAUACACUUCAUACUUUGUAAUGAUAUUCAGAUGCAGUAUUCUU